AUGAAAAACUUUCACUUAAAAAUGUCUAAUUACUCGUUAAUCAUGGAUCAACCGAUGAGCCACGCGAGUUACUUCGGCAUAGCAGUGGCCUUAGGAAUUAUCGGAGUUGCCGGAUUCACCAUGAAUUUUAUGGUCGUAUUAGUUAUCAUAAAAGACUCGCAAGCUCUCUGGACACCGAUUAAUGUGAUAAUCCUCAAUCUCGUGGUCGGUGAUGCGUUGGUGGCUGUGCUGGGAAACCCCGUCGCCUUUAUCUCAGCGAUUAACGAAGGAUGGUAUUGGAAUCAUCAAGUGUGCAUUUGGUACGCCUUUUUGAUGUCCACAAUUGGUCUCGCCAGCAUUGGCAAUCUCACCGUUAUGGCAGUCGAGAGAUGGCUCCUCGUCGCACGGCCCAUGAACUCGUUCUCGAUAAACUUCGCACUUCGAGUGGCAAGCGGAGUAUGGAUUUAUGCGCUUUGUCUAUCGUUGCCACCCCUCCUCGGAUGGGGAAGUUACGGUCCAGAAGCCGGAAACGUAUCCUGCAGUGUCUCGUGGGAAGUUCACGAUCCUGAAACCAUGAGCGAAAGUUAUAUAACGUUUUUAAUGACGUUCGGUCUCGUUGUACCAGUCAUAGUUAUUAGUACGAGCUAUUUCGCUAUCAUUUUAACACUGAAGAAGGUUAAAAGACGAGCAGGUGGACGAGGAAGGAGGGAAGCAAAAGUUACGAAAAUGGUGGCGUUAAUGAUCAUCGCGUUUCUCGUUGCCUGGACUCCAUACGCGGCCCUUGCCAUGGCAGCCCAAUACUUCAACGUUUCUUUACCCGCGGAGAUCGCGGUCAUACCGAGUCUCUUGGCAAAAUCGUCAAUAUGCUACAAUCCGAUUAUUUAUGCGGGCCUGAACGGUCAAUUUCCUCGUUCGUUCAAAAAGAUGUUCGGCAUACGAGAGGCAACUGGUCGUCCGGGACAAAGCGAGGCUACAGCGAUGACGACAAUGAGCAGACCCGAAACUGCCUGAAUAAUCCAUUUGAGCAAGAACGGCGAGACGAAUUUCCUUCUGACAUGAAAACGUCAAUCAUAGGAAAAGUAUAUGAAACGCAGGAUAUUUGAAUAUCGACGCCGGGCGUGAGUUGAUUUUCGGGAAUCAGUGUAAACGGAUUUUUGAAUGCGAGCUCCAAUUCCGAAUCUCGAAAAGAUUUUUUUUAGAAAAGCUGAACGGGCUAAAAAACAUUUCGACAAACUUCUGCAGCUGUCGAAGCAACGUUUUUACUCGUCAAAAACACGAAUUUGCCAAAUUUGCACAAUUUUUUAAAUUACGAAACUGCGCGAUGGAUGCAGCUACUGUGAUACAGCAACGAGGAAGUAACACGUUUGGAACGAACGUUUCGACGAUAACGGUAAUAGCUUCAUCGCAGAUCGAUUCAAAACAUGAAAAGCAACUUACGACACCGAGAUUCGUACUUAGAUCUCUUUAGUCUCCAUCAAACUCCGAAACUAUAUCGGGUAUUGAAAAGAGCUGGCCUCUAUUCGAAAAAUACGAUUUUCGAUUCGUGAGUCUUUUUAUUCAAAAAAACAAAAAGCUGAGAAUAUGAAAGAAAUUUUACGUGACACAGGGUAGAAAACCUUACAUAAAUCGACCGCGCAUCACACUGCAGAUAAAAUGAUUGCGCUACAUUUUUCAAACGCAAUACAUUCAUUAUUUCUAGAGUUCGAAAUCUUCGUCCAAAAUUCUUAUUAUGAUAUUGAACGUUGAAGAUGUUUGAGGGCCAUUCCACGCCAAAUCGAACACUUUUUCAACCGACCCGCUUCGAUUUCAUUAAAUUUUUUUUUCUUAUAUUUUUACAUUAUGUGAGGAGCUUUCUCAAAUUAACUUUUUUUUU